CCCAAAACUGGUGAACCACCCUCAGCAAAUUCAUUGCGCGCGCGCACACACACAUAAUCUCUAUGUCUAUCUACACUCUCUGUAUCUAUAUCACCAGCACAUAAAGAAACACACAACCUUUUUGGAGCUUUAUGCAAUCUUAUUUGUUCAUGUUUCUUCCAAGAUAUAUUUCGUGAAUUUCAUGCACCCAUAUAUAGAUAUUCCCUAGUUUUGUCACAAAUUUUUGGUGCACUUGUUCAUUUAUCCUAGCUUGUUUAUUUAUUUUGUCUCUCUUGGAGACUUGGACUACUUUGUUAUAUGAAAAAAAUGGAGUUUUCACAUCAUGAGAAUGGAAACGGCAAUGGCAAUAACAAGGUGUUGAUGAAUGGAUUUUGUGUUGAAGAUCCAUUGAAUUGGGCUAUGGCCGCGGAGUCGCUGAAGUGUAGCCAUCUAGAAGAGGUGAAGCAAAUGGUUCAGGAGUUUCGUAAGCCGGUGGUCCAGCUAGGGGGUGAGACCCUGACCAUUUCGCAGGUGGCUGCGGUUGGGGCUGGUGUGGGCAGUGGUGUCACGGUGGAGCUCUGUGAGUCGGCGAGGGCCGGAGUGAAGGCAAGCAGUGACUGGGUGAUGGAGAGCAUGAACAAAGGGACGGACAGUUAUGGGGUCACUACUGGUUUCGGUGCAACUUCACAUAGAAGGACCAAACAAGGAGGUGCUCUUCAGAAGGAGCUUAUAAGGUUUCUGAAUGCUGGAAUAUUUGGCAAUGGAACAGAGUCAUGCCACACACUAGCUCAAUCAGCAACAAGAGCUGCAAUGCUAGUAAGGAUCAACACACUCCUCCAGGGCUAUUCCGGCAUUAGGUUUGAGAUCAUGGAAGCCAUCACAAAGCUCCUCAACCACAACAUCACUCCAAUGCUGCCUCUCCGUGGCACGAUCACCGCCUCUGGAGAUCUAGUCCCACUGUCCUACAUUGCAGGACUCUUGACAGGCAGGCCCAACUCCAAGUGCGUGGGGCCUAAAGGAGAGUCCCUGGAUGCCGGUGAAGCCUUCCGCCUUGCAGGCAUUGAUGGCGGUUUCUUCGAGUUGCAGCCUAAGGAGGGCCUUGCUCUUGUUAAUGGCACGGCUGUGGGGUCUGGUUUGGCCUCUAUGGUCCUCUUUGAGGCCAACAUAUUACUACUUCUAUCUGAAGUUUUGUCUGCAGUUUUUGCUGAAGUUAUGCAAGGGAAGCCAGAGUUUACCGACCAUUUGACACACAAGUUGAAGCAUCACCCUGGCCAAAUUGAAGCUGCAGCUAUAAUGGAACAUAUUUUAGAUGGCAGCUCCUAUGUCAAGGCUGCGCAGAAAUUGCACGAGAUGGAUCCUCUUCAAAAGCCUAAGCAAGAUCGGUAUGCACUUCGUACUUCUCCACAAUGGUUGGGCCCUCAGAUUGAAGUGAUUCGAUCAUCCACAAAGUCCAUUGAGAGGGAGAUCAAUUCUGUGAAUGACAACCCUCUGAUUGAUGUGUCUAGGAACAAGGCCUUACAUGGAGGGAACUUUCAGGGUACCCCAAUUGGUGUGUCCAUGGACAACACCAGAUUAGCAAUAGCAUCCAUUGGGAAGCUCAUGUUUGCUCAGUUCUCCGAGCUUGUCAAUGAUUUCUACAACAAUGGGCUGCCUUCAAAUCUCUCUGGUGGACAGAAUCCAAGCUUGGAUUAUGGAUUCAAAGGCGCUGAGAUAGCAAUGGCAGCUUAUUGCUCUGAGCUCCAAUUCCUUGCCAACCCUGUCACAAACCAUGUUCAGAGUGCUGAGCAGCACAACCAAGAUGUGAACUCUUUAGGCUUGAUAUCUUCCAGAAAAACAGCUGAAGCAGUUGAUAUUUUGAAGCUCAUGUCAUCAACUUUCUUAGUUGCACUUUGCCAAGCUAUCGACUUGAGGCACUUGGAGGAGAACUUGAAGAUCACGGUAAAGAACACAGUGAGGCAGGUGGCUAUGAAAGUCCUAGCAAUGGGCAUCAAUGGGGAUCUUGUUUCUUCAAGAUUCUCAGAAAAGGAUCUGCUCAAAGUGGUUGAUCACGAGCACGUUUUCGCCUACAUUGAUGACCCUUGUAGCACAACUUAUCCAUUAAUGCAGAAGCUAAGGCAUGUCUUAGUUGAUCAUGCAUUGAUCAGCAACGACGAUUUGAAGAAUCCUAACACUUCAAUUUUCCUAAAGAUUGGAGCUUUUGAGGAGGAACUGAAGGCCCUUUUGCCCAGAGAAGUGGAGAACACAAGAAGAGCUUAUGAGAGUGGAAAUGCAGCAAUUCCAAACAGGAUCAAAGAGUGCAGGUCAUACCCACUGUACAAAUUUGCGAGGGAAGACUUGGGGACCGAGUUCUUGACCGGAGAGAAGGUCAGGUCGCCAGGUGAGGAAUUCGACAAAGUAUUUUCAGCGAUUUGUGAGGGGAAGAUUAUCGAUCCACUGCUCGAGUGUCUCAAGGAUUGGGAUGGUGUCCCUCUUCCAAUUUGUUAGAUCAUUCUGAACAUGUAUUGUUCAAAUUUCUUGACAUAGUACUAUUAGACCUGGUGUAUUUGGAUUAAAUGAGUUUUUUGGGUCUUUUGUAAUAGCAAGCUGUUUGUUUUGGACUA